GUAGUUCACGGCACUCACGAGAGGGACUAUUGUGAUUGGCUCGCCAUGCCGCACUCGCACUCACGACUCACGCCGACUGAAGAGCAGUCGUGACCCAAUGCAAGAGGAAGCAAGAGCAGGUACAGACAGUCGUGAGUACCAAUCCAAGCCGGAUACAUACAUCUGAGGAACUCCGAAUGGGGUUGAAUAGAGCUUGCAAAGGACCAAGGAAGGCCAUGUUGGCCAAGCUUUCUUUGCGAGGAGUGGCUUGCGCGCCCCUGCAUCAUUCUCGAUCGAUUCGCAGUCACGAGUCGUCAGUCGUCAAGUCAAGAGUGCUGGGCCCCACAACCCAGCCACUGUGCACGCAGACGCAGCAUCGGCCCAUAGUGACAGCAGCAGCAGCAGCAUCAGAGAUGCAUACGCGCCGCUCUAUACGCAUGCGUGGCAGUCAUGUUCGAGUCGUGGGUGAGUGUCCACUCACGACGACUCAAGACUUGACAAGUCCGCCCGCCGCGAGCUUUCAUCUUGCUACGCGAAACGUAUGUAUGGUGGGGCUCACGCGCUGCGACUUGAUUCUAUUGGGAGCAGCUAGGCAGCGGUCACGCCGGUCUUUACUCGGGUCUUGCUCGUCUCUCGGCAGCAUAUUACAAGGCCCCCGAAUGAUUGAUGAUAUGAUGACCGGGCCAUCGAUCGCGCGGAUGCGGUGAGCAACCGGUGUGCGUGUGUGCUCGCAUACUCACGACUCGUGACUGCAUAUAUGCCAUGCGACCUCGCCAUGAUCAAGGAGCCCUGCACCGCGAGAUAUGACGAUUUGGGGGGCGCGUGCGUGUGAUGCUUAAUGUGCGAGUUCGGCUUGGUGGGGGAUCGAGGGGGAUAAGUCGUCACGGG